AGAAAAAUGGGAAGAUUCAGAUUGACCCUUCUGGUUCUGAUGCUUGUGCUGAGCUAUGGAGCACUAGGAAUAUUGGGAUAUGAUGAAGAUGAAGACCGGAGUAGGGAGAGGGAAAGGAAGAGCGAAGAGGAAAGAGAAGAGGAAAGGGAGGACGAAAGAGGAGAGCUGCCCUUCAUAUUGAAGGACUCAAAGCAUGUGAUGAAAACUGACGCAGGGGAGUUGAGAGUGGUUCGGAGCUCUGUUAGCAGAUUUGCCGAAGGACCAUUGAGAAUUGGGUUCAUCUCCAUGGAGCCAAAGACCCUUUUUCUCCCUCAGUAUCUUGAUUCUGAUUUGACCAUCUUUAUUCGCAGAGGAGAAGUAAAACUAGGUUUCAUAUACAAGGAUGAAUUGGCUGAAAGAAAAUUGAAGACCGGAGAUGUGUAUCGGAUUUCAUCUGGCUCGGCAUUUUAUCUUGUGAACACAGGAGAAGGGCAGAGACUUCAUAUCAUUUGCAGCUUUGACACCUCUGAGAGUUUGAGAUUUGAAGCUUUUCAGUCUUUCUUCCUCGGUGGAGGAACGAACCCAACAUCUGUACUCUCGGGAUUCGACUCCGACAUUCUUGAGAACGCAUUUAACGUUACACAUGCAGAACUUAAGGAGAUUUUAAGCAGCCAACAAGAAGGUCCAAUAGUAUACAUACCAGAUUCUCGAUCACCAAGAACGUGGGCGAAAUUUCUUCAGUUGAAACAGGAUGACAAACUACAGCACCUUAAAAAAAUUGUGGAAUUUCAUCAAGGAGAAGACGAAGAAGAAGAAGACCAAGAAAAAAAGCAGAAAACAACUUGGUCCUGGAGAAAGCUUCUGGAUUCUGUAUUCGCAAAUAGAGAUAAGAAAACAAAAGACUACAAAGGCAGAGGAAAAUCCCCUGACUCUUACAACCUAUAUGAUGGCAAAAAAGGCUUCAAAAACAACUAUGGCUGGAGCAUCGCACUCGACGAAACUUCCUAUUCCCCACUCAGAAAAUCCGGCUGCGGGGUCUAUCUCGUCAAUCUCACAGCGGGAUCGAUGAUGGCUCCUCACCUAAAUCCAAAAGCUACGGAGUACGGAAUCGUGCUAAGAGGAACCGGGAUGAUACAGGUCGUGUACCCGAACGGGACGUCGGCCAUGAACACGGAGGUGAAAGAAGGGGACGUGUUCUGGAUCCCAAGGUACUUCCCGUUCUGCCAGAUCGCGUCUCGGGCCGGUCCAAUGGAGUUUUUCGGGUUCACAACCUCGGCUCGGAAGAACCGGCCCCAGUUUCUGGUCGGGGCUAGUUCGAUCCUCCGAGCCAUGAGAGGCCCGGAGCUGGCGGCGGCUUUCGGUACGACCGAAGAGAGGCUAAGGAACUUGACCGAAAUUCAGCGUGAAUCUGUGAUCCUGCCGACGUCCGCGGCUUCUCCUCCGGUGAAGCUGCCCAAGCUCGCAAAGAGCUUUGGGGAAUAAAGCAAUAAUAGUAAUAAAAAUAACAAUAAUUUCCCUUUGGUGGGUUUUUAUUGGGUGGUGAAGAGCACGAGCAUAGUUUUUUUGUUUUUCCCCCCCUUUUAUUCGCAAAGUGUAUGUUCUAUCUUCUUCUUUAUGUCUAAAUAUUAAUGUUUGUUCAUCGUCAACUUCUGUUCUGUAUAAUUCUCUUAACAUCUGACUAGUGUUCUUAUCAAUGGUAAUAAUACAAAAUGUGAUUUGUAGUCAGUAAUCUUAAUAAAAAUUGUAAUGAACUUUUGUGAUUCAA